AAAACUUUCAACCAAAAAAAUGCAGAACUUUAGUACUACUCCUCCUUCUCCAACACCAACAACAACAUUACCACCUAGUACGAUUGAGCUGUGUGAAGGGAGUGGGACUACACGGCAUAAUUGGGUUAUCUCGAUAAGAGAUAAGCUCGAGCAAGCAAAACAAGAUGACAGAACUAGCUCGGGCAAGUCCUGUAUUUACAAAGUUCCACGUUACUUGCACCGAGAUGACAAGAAAUUGUAUCUCCCACAGACUGUCUCGCUUGGUCCAUACCACUAUGGCCAAGAGCAAACCUCCAUGGAAUGCCACAAAUGGCGUGCUGUUAAUAAGGUUUUGGAACGUACGAUGCUAGACAUUGUAGUGUUUCUUGAUGCUAUGGUUGAGCUCGAGGAAAAGGCUCGAGCUUGCUAUGAAGGUACCAUUACCUUAAACAGUAACAUGUUCACAUUAAUGCUCGUUCGUGAUGGCUGCUUUGUUCUGGAGCUCCUCACUGGAUGUCAGAAUGGAUUCUCUCAACUCGGAUACGAACCUAAUGAUCCAGUUUUCGGGACUCGGGGAUCAUUUUUUCCUUUACAACGUGACAUGAUACUGCUGGAAAAUCAACUUCCUUUGUUCGUACUCAGCCGGUUGUUAGAGCUACAACUCGGUAAACAUUACCAAACUGGAUUAGUGGUCAACUUAGUGGUUCGGUUUUUUGAACCGCUAAUGCCAACGGCCGUGACGUUUGCAAGAGACAUAUCCAGUGAGCCAUCAGCGGACGAGUUGAAUUAUUUGCACUGUGUUGAUGUUUUCCGGGGAAGUCUGCUACUGCCAAAUUCUAAGCCGAUGUGUAGAUGGCCGAUGCGUUCGCCCGUGCGGAACAAUAUCUUACAUCAAUUGAUACCUUCGGCGACGGAAUUAAGGGCUGCCAAAGUUCAGUUUCGCAGCAGGAGGACCGGCCUGUUUUGGGAUAUUAAGUUCAACGACGGUUGUCUAGAUAUACCAACUCUAGUGAUCCAUGACGGUACCAAAUAUCUCUUCUCGAAUCUCAUAGCUUUCGAGCAGUGUCAUGUGGAAUCGAGCAACAGCAUAACAUCCUACUGUAUCUUCAUGAACAAUCUGAUAGACUCUGCCGAAGUUGUUAGUUACUUUGAGAAAUGUGGUAUCAUAGAACACACGCUAGGGAGUCAUUCUGAAGUCGUGGAUAUGUUCAACCAGCUAUGUCAGGGCGUAAUUGUGGAGAUCAGUGAUAUUUAUUUGUAUCCAUUGUUCACUGAGGUCUCUGAUUUUUAUCACAGUAAAUGGCCAACUACAAUCGAGAUGGAGAAGCAGUUCGCGACAUUGAGAGAAAGGUACUUCUAUAGCCCUUGGGCAUAUUUGUCUUUCUUUGCUGCAAUUAUUCUGCUAGUUCUUACUGCAAGCCAAACUUAUUUUGCUGCUUAUGAUUAUUAUCAUUAG